CAAUAGUAUUUGUUGAUAAGACAAAUUAUUAAAAUAGAACAAAAUUAAUUAUAUGGUGGUUCAUUGUAAUUAUAAACUACAGGACUAAUUUUCCAUGUUUGAUAAGUAAUAUACCGUAAAUAAUAAUGGAAAAAAUAGUAAUUUUCGGAUCAACCGGCAUGACCGGUGUUUGCGCAGUAGAUGCUGGGGUUAAAAAAGGUUUGAAUGUAAGAGCUUUUGUGAGAGACCCUGCAAAGCUUCCGGAUCAUCUGAGAAACAGUGUUGAAGUGGUUAAAGGGGAUGUUUUAAACUACACUGAUGUAUUAAACGCAAUUAAAAAUGUAACAGCAGUGGUUGUUGCUUUAGGGACUCGUAAUGAUUUAAAGCCGACAACUGACCUUAGUGAAGGCAUGAAAAAUAUUAUAAAAGCUAUGAAAGAACUUAAUGUUGAAAUUAUAUCAGUAUGUUUGUCUGCAUUUUUAUUUUAUGAUCCAGAGAAAGUUCCUGCUGUAUUUAAACACCUUAAUGCCGAUCACCAACGUCAGUAUGAUGUUCUUAAAGAGUCUGGUUUGAAGUAUAUAGCUGUUUUUCCGCCUCAUAUAGCAGAUCAACCUGGUGCUCAGUAUGAAAUUAAACAUGAUGCUUCUCCAGGACGUGUAGUUUCUAAAAAUGAUUUAGGUCGAUUUUUAAUUGAGAGCUUAAUUCAGCCUGAACAUUAUGGAAAAGUGUGUGGUAUUUGCACAAAAUACUAAACAACUUUAUGUAAAAGUAGUGGAUAUUUUCAAUAGUGUGAGGUGAAAGGUGUUACCCAUAUAACAGAUACCAUUUAAGAUGAUUCCCUUACCACUGGUUGGCUUCCUCCAGCUAAUAUAUCUAUCGUGAGUUCGUCUACCCCUCGCAAGACGGACACCAGAGGCAUCACCAUCAUGAUUAUCCGAAUUUGUUUACCAAGACGGUAUAGAAUGCGUUUAGGAACAUAGCUCUGAUAAACAGAAAACGCCAAAAAAAUCCAAGAUAGGUACGUUACUUGGAAAUAUCCGUCACUGCGGGGAAAUUGAAUAUGUAAUAAGAGACUUUGGAACAUAGUACCCUAGUGGCUCGAAUUAGAAUGUUGCAACUAUGUUUAAUUUUAGCUAUAUUUUUUUCUAUAAGAAGCUGGG